AUGCCUAAUGAAAAGCCUAAUCAUGGCAUCUCUCACACGGGCGACUCUCCCUUCGCCAACAGCCAAUUUCUCGUGACGCCGGAAAAUCAAAAGGUAAUCGAAGGCGAUUCCGUGAUAUUUCGAUGCAAAGCAGAAAAUAAUAAUGACGAUCUAACGUACAUCUGGACACUGAACGGAAAUCCAUUAGAAACAUCAGAUCGCGUUUAUCAGAAUGGCAGCAAUUUACAUAUCCAAGUCGUUAAUAAGACACAAGAUGUUGGCGAGUAUGCGUGCAUUGCUUACAGCAAAUCAACAGGAGCGCGCGAGACAACAUCAGAAGCCCGAUUAGAUGUCAUAUGGCUUGCUCCUCCCGUUGUGCAGCUAAUUAGUGCCGACAAACAUCUCAACAACUACGUGCUAAAAUGCCACGUUGAAGGACACGGCGACAUCGUCAUCAGCUGGUUCAAGGACGAAGAGAUUCUCGAACGUAGCGGGCACAUCGACUGGCAAAAACGCCAUUUGUUCAUCCGUGACGCGACUCCCAUGGAAAAUGGCGUUUAUGCUUGCGCCGCAACUAACGAAGCCGGGUCAAUUGUUAGCACAAAAAAUUACAAGCUAAAACUGAAAGAUGUGAAACAAAAGAAACACAUUCUCGAACAUUUGCUCGCGCAUCACAAACUCUUCGAAUGUUCUCCGAGCAAUCCCAAAUUGUGUCGCGGAAAACGCGACGAAGCCCACAAACCCGCGACAAACAUUGAAUUUUUGCGUCAUCCUCACGACGUUGUCGGCAAAGAAGGCGAACACACGGUCCUCAAUUGCUUGUUCAAAGUCACCGAUGGCAGCGAAAACACGCAAACCGUGAAAUGGCGCAAAGACGGGUCCGUUAUUCGACAUGCGGCGAUGCGCGGAGGAAAUGUCGAAGCCAAUAUCCCGGACAACAUUUACGCGAAGGAACAUGCGAGAAUCCAAAUUAACAAAGAAAAUGCUUCGUUGGUCAUUAGUUCGUUGUUGCCGAAUGACGCGGGGUUGUACGAAUGUUUGGUUCUGAACGAAGAUGGAUCGGAAGCGGUAUCAAAAGCGGGUCAUUUGAAGGUCAUUGCAAGGUUAAAGUUCUCUCCGAAGCCAACAGCGAAGACUUUGGAGCUAAAUUCCAUCGGAAAAGUUCAUUGCAAGGCCCAAGGAACGCCCUCGCCGACAAUUCGAUGGGUUUUUGGCGAAGAUAGUCCUCUUCCGUCACAUGCAACUUCGGAAAAUGGCACUCUCGUGUUUGACAAAGUUCGUUUCGAUGACAAGGGAAAUUACACGUGCAUCGCUUCGAACGCCGAACAAGGCGAAAUUCGUGCUUCUGUGGCAAUAACGGUUGCUGUUGCGCCCCAAUUUGUCAUAAAACCCGAACCAACUGUCGUCGUUGCUGAAAUGGGAAAUACUUCGUUGCAUUGUCAGCCCACAGGAGACCCUCUGCCGACAGUUCAAUGGGACAAAGACCUCAAAACGAUCCACAAUGACGAGUUUGACGAUCGUUUUAGGAUUUUGGAGAACGGAACUUUGAUAAUUACGGAAGCGCAUCUCGACGACGACGGAAAAUACGGAUGCACAAUCGGAAAUAUGGCGGGAUUCAAACGCGAAGAGGUCCAUUUGAUGGUAAAACCCGGAUAUUUACCCAGCGGCAACUUGGAAGAUGGAUUUGUCAUCACCCGAGCUGUUAUGGUAACGAUGGGAGUUGCAGCCACGUACAUCAUUCUCGUUGUCGUGCUCAUGGUUUGGUGUCGACGACGUCGAAAUGCGCGAAAAAUGAAGCUGGGAGACAUGAAAGACAUGUGCGAACUCGAAGGAGAGAUAAAAACUGCAGAAACCGAGCCUUGUUUGCCCAUCGAGAAGGAACGCACACCCAAUGGAGUUCACAAAAAAUCCCCAAACGGCAAAUUAAAGGCUUCAGGAGAGCCCGAAAAGAGUGACGACACCGUAAAUUCAAAUAAAUCAAAAAAAUCGACAUCAUCUUCGGUCUUGGAUAAUUACGCCAUUCAACGCAGCGCCCUUUUGGACUUGAUUCUCAUCGGCAAAGGCGAAUUCGGCGACGUGCUAAUUGGCAAAGCGAAACGAUCAGAUCUCAAAACGACGACAAAUGUGAAGGAAAAAGAGGAGCCCAGCGUUGAAAUCGAAAAUGAGAAGGAAAAACAACAGAAAGACGACGCCACGGAAUAUCGCUACGUGAUGGUAAAGAGUUUGACAAAAGUGAAAGAUGAGCACGCAAUCACGGAGUUCAGGAGACAAAUUGAUUUGUUCAGGACGGUGUCGAGCAGGGGCGUUGCACGUUUGUAUGGAUUGUGUCGCGAAAAGGAUCCCCAUUAUUUGACCUUGGAAUACACGGAUUGGGGAGAUUUGAAACAAUUUUUGUUGGCAACUUCGGAUGAAAUUUCAACAACGAAACUCGAAACGAAGCCAAUUCCGUUGAAUGUGUUGCAGUGUUGCGGUCUCGCGCAUAUGUUAGCCAAAGGAUGCGAUGCCAUCUAUAAAGCCAAAUUGAUUCACAAGUAA